GCAGCCGGCGAGGCUGAAACCUCUCAGUUGCCUUUCUUCAUUGGUGGCCUGCUGGUUGCCCUGGCCGGAGUCGCUGCUCUUGCGCUUGGCGGCGAGACUUACGAUGAUGUGGACGACAAGAAGGUUGUUGAGGAGUACUUCAACACCACAGGCUUCGAGAGAUGGCAGAAGAUCUACGGAGAAACCGACGAUGUAAACCCGGUGCAGAAAGACAUCCGGGUGGGCCAUGCGCAGACUGUCGACAAGAUCUUGGGCUGGCUGGAUCCAAACACAAUCUCCGGCAAGACUGUUUGCGAUGCGGGGUGCGGGACGGGCAGCCUCUCUAUUCCGCUGGCCAGCCGCGGGGCCAUGGUCAACGGCAGCGACAUUAGUUCUGCUAUGGUUGGCGAGGCCGAAGUUCGAGCCAAAGACUCGCUACCAGCAGAGAAGCUGCCAAAGUUCUCAACUUCUGACCUGGAGGCGAUCUCUGGUUCGUACGACACGGUGUGCUGCGUGGAUGUACUCAUCCACUACCCGCCAGACAAGAUGUCUGGGAUGGUGCAGCAUUUGGCAGGGCUCAGCAAGGAGAGACUGAUCUUGUCGUUUGCGCCCAAGACUUGGUACUACAAACUGCUCAAGCGAAUCGGUGAGCUUUUCCCUGGCAAGUCCAAAACCACUCGUGCAUACCUCCAUGAUGAGGCAGAUGUGGAGGCCGCACUGCAGCAAGCAGGUUACCAGGUCACCCGCAAGGACAUGACAGCCACCAACUUCUACUUCUCGCGGCUUUUCGAGGCCAAGCCGGUCGCGUCCUGA